AUGGCUUUUAUCGGCGGGGCCAUGGUCUUCAUCAGCAGCACCGUGAACCCCAUCCUGUACAUGUUUGCUGCCCGAUCCUUCAGAACUUCUAUACAGGACACUGGUAUCCAGAAACUUCUCCGCCACAUCUCCAGCACCUCCCCAGGGGAAGGCAGGGAGGUGACUUUUGUGUCCAGGAGGCAGACCAACCAGACCAGCAGCUCUGUGUUAUCUCUGGAUAAAAGACUCCAAAGUAGUGACACAGUUUUCCCCUUGUGGUCCCUGAUGGCUUCGCACAGUGAUACUCUGGUGGUGUUCUUUGGGGCAACAGCUGGUGCAAAUGGGGGUAAACUGGGUUCGGAUGAGAGGGAAAUAAUUCUCUUGGUGUGGCAAAUUGUGGACCUCCGUGAGAAAAAGGUGGGGAAGCUUCACAAGUGUCUUGUCAAACCUGACACUUUUGAGCUGACUGAGCAGUGUAAAGAAGAAACUGAACUGACUCUUGAAGAAUUAUCCAAAGCCGAGCCUCUGGACAAAGUUUUGCAACAGUUUCAACAGUUGAUAUCCACAGAACUAAAAUGUUUCGGCAGAAGUUCUUACAAGCUGUGCGUGAACAAUCCAAUGGUUAUUCGACAGGUGCUUCAUCCAGAAGCUUCCAAAAAGAAUCUCGUACUUCCUGAAUGUUUCUUUUCCUUUGUUGAUGUGAGGAAGGAGUUCCACAAAUGUUGUCCUUCUUCAGGACCUGUGCAAAAGCUCACUCUGUCCUCUAUGCUGGAUUAUGUAGGCCUCCCUGCUGUGCCAGAGCAGGCGGUGGGAGUCAAGGAGGUCUCGAGUAUGGUUCAGCUGCUUCUUUGCAUUCUGGAUGAACCCUACAAUCACAAAAUCUCUUGUAUUGAAACGGUGAAUUACAAGUUUGACUCUGGAACCUGUAGUAAGACCGAGCCAGUGGACUGUGAGACAAUCGUCAGAGCCAGGGGGCUUCCGUGGCAGUCGUCAGAUCAAGAUAUUGCUCGCUUCUUUAAAGGGCUAAACAUUGCAAAGGGCGGUGUGGCUCUCUGUCUCAAUAAUCAGGGCCGGAGAAGUGGAGAGGCUUUAGUUCGUUUUAUUAAUUCCGAACACCGAGACUUGGCUCUGGAACGGCACAAACACCAUAUGGGCAGCCGCUACAUUGAGGUUUACAAAGCUACAGGAGAGGAAUUUCUAAAAAUUGCUGGAGGUACAUCCAAUGAGGUGGCCCAGUUUUUGUCCAAGGAGAACCAGGUCAUAAUUCGCAUGCGAGGGCUUCCGUUCACUGCCAUGCCACAGGAAGUGCUGUCCUUCCUGGGACCUGAAAGCCCAGUGACAGACGGAGCAGAGGGCUUGCUUUUUGUGAAGUAUCCUGACGGGAGACCAACUGGAGAUGCAUUUGUGUUGUUCUCCUGUGAAGAGUAUGCACAGAACGCUUUGAAAAAGCACAAGCAGAUUCUGGGCAAGCGAUAUAUCGAGUUGUUCAGGAGCACCGCAGCAGAGGUUCAGCAGGUGUUGAAUCGAUACUUGUCCACUCCUCUGAUCUCCACACUGCCUCCAUCACCUGUAAUGCCCCUCCCAAUGCUCGCCCCACAACCCUUCCUCCCAGCCUCAAGUAGUGUCCGUGACUGUGUCCGCCUGAGAGGACUGCCCUACACAGCAGGCAUCGAGGACAUACUGGAGUUUAUGGGAGACCACACGGUCGACAUCAAACCUCAUGGAGUCCACAUGGUUCUCAACCAACAGGGCCGGCCCUCUGGUGAUGCCUUUAUCCAAAUGAAGUCUGCAGACAAGGCCUUUAUGGUUUCCCAGAAGUGCCAUAAAAAGACUAUGAAGGACAGAUAUGUAGAGGUGUUCCAGUGCUCCACAGAAGAGAUGAGCAUCGUCCUGAUGGGGGGGACACUAAACCGUAGCGGCCUGUCGCCUCCACCAUGCAAACUGCCAUGUCUGUCCCCCCCAACACCCUAUGCAGCCUUCCCUACUCCCCCAGCUCUUCUGUCUGAAGCCCUGUAUCAGCCCCCCCUGCUGGCAGCUCCUCGCACUCCCCACACUGCUGCCCAUGCACUUUACUACCCUCCUCAGCCUCAUCUUUACAUGAACAUGAACAUGAACUACACGGCUUACUACCCCAGUCCCCCGGUCUCCCCCUCGACGGUGGGCUACUUUGCAGCUCCUCCGGGGGCCAUGGCAGCAGCAGUGGCCGCGCAAUCCCACCCUGCUGCAGCAUCGGCUUCCUCCAUGCUACCGCCUUCUGCUCUGGUCCGGAUGCAGGGGCUUCCCUACAAUGCUGGCAUCAAGGACAUUCUCAGCUUUUUUCAAGGAUACCAGUACUCUCCCGAAGACUACAGCGGAAUGAGACGUGCCCAAAGCUGCAACCAGAUGGAAUCCUCAUUUUGUAUAACUUCAGUGGGCAGUGCAAUGGAGAGGCCUUGGUUACCUUUCCAAGCGAGGAGGCGGCGAGACAAGCCGUCGCCGAGAGGUCCACCCAGCUCUUCUACGGGCAGCAGGUCCACCUCGCUGUGUGUAACUGACCUUCCGACCGCCCACCUCAUGCCUCUGACACUCCUGAGCUCUAUUGCCAUAUUACUGCUGCGCUACACCAGGACCAAGAGCAACUACUGUAACUGCAGAGAGAGGACGCUGCUCAUGUUUCUAGCCUGUCGUUCUAGUGUCUUGUUCUAA